AUGACUGCCUCGCUCUACCCAUCUCCUGUACAGUACACCGUCCCUGAGUUCAAGUCUUUUCCAUUCCCUGAGAAGGAGUUUGACAUCGGAGUGUUCAAGAUUGGUUUCUCUAAAGCUGGGUUUUACCCCUCUCUCAAAAAAGGUUCGGGGCUAGAGGAAAUACAUUCGGGCCUCCAGCCUCGGAAGCCCAUAGCUAAAAACGCCACUGUACCAAGUGGCUUACAGGGCACCUUCUUCAGGGUUUACAGAGAAAAGAUGCGCGACUACCAGUUCAAACAGGGCUUUCGCCCUUGCAAACGGCUCAAGUACUUUUACGCCGUGGUGGAGUGCGACUCGGUGGACACGGCGGCUAAGAUCUACGAGGAGUGUGACGGCUACGAGUACGAGAGCAGCUGCUCGGUCAUGGACCUCCGUUUUAUUCCUGACGAUCUGGCGUUUGACGAGGAGCCCAAAGACGUGGCGAUGGACGUGAACGUGUCAUUAUAUACCCCAAAGCUGUUCACCUCGUCUGCUGCUGCCAGCUCCAAGGUGCAGCUGACGUGGGAUGAAACUGACCAUGAGCGCGUGACGGCCCUGAACAGGAAGUUCAACAAAGACGAGCUGCUGGACAUGGACUUCAAAGCCUACCUUGCCUCCUCCAGCGAGGAAGAGGACGGUGAAGAGCAGGAGAGUGAAGAGGAGGCCCCUCCGGCAGAAGAAGAGCCUGCUGAGCUCCAGGAGAAACCCCAAGAAGAGGAAGAGAACAUGAAGCAGAGGAUGAAGAAGAAUAAGAAAAGUGAGGAGCAGAUCUCCAAGUACAGAGAGCUGCUGAAAGGCAUCAAGGUCUGA